AACAAACAAUACACAAUAAAUCCUCCAAGGUAAAGCAAAUUUGCAUAGAUAGAUAGAGUCCAUACAGCUUAGCUACAUAUCUCAUGGGAUUGUAAAUAAUCCCAAUAAAAAUCAUCAAGAGAAAAUAGCUUUUGAAACAAACACUACUUAUUAUAUGGCAAUGGAAAGCCUAACAAGGAGGCCUCCCAAUAGGAGUGAUGUUCACCUGUCAAUCGAGGAAGAGGGAGAAAUUGAGGCUAAAACGAGAUAUUACUUUGAUGGAAUCAUUCCCAAACGACACACUAAGCCUCAGCGGAGUGAGUACUCUUCAAAUUACGUGGAUGCUCUCUCUCGUAAUACCACCAAUAAUGACUUCAUUCCUGAGUACGUCGAGUUUCAACGUCUCGAAAAUGAUCAACAGGAGAAACUGGUUUAUGAAGGGAAAAAAGUGGAGGAGGAGUUUGUAGAGACGGAGUAUUACAAGGAUCUCAGCUGUGUUGACAAGCAACAUCAUACGACAGGAACAGGGUUCAUCAAGAUAGAGAACACUAGUGACAAAAACUACAAGCUGGAAGCUGAUACAGUCACUUGCUGUCAUGCUUCGUCCACGUGCAACCCAGCAACUAAUGAUUGGAUUCCAGUUCCAGAUGCUGCAGAUACAAUACCAAUUGAUUCGGGCAAGCCCAGUAGGAGUGACAGUUAAAAUGGCGUGGAAAGUGGGUCAUGGAUUUUAGUAUUUGAGCAUUGUCUACUAGUAAUAAUAUUUACCUAAAUAAAGAGCUCUAUAUAUUCUAUGUUUCUCUUUAUGUGAAAGAGUCAAUUUGCUGUAUCGGAAUAAGCUUAGUCGGAUUUAUGAGGUGAUUUACCUUAUUUGAAGAAAGUUAAGUAUGCUAGAUGUCUUGCUUAUGUAUCCAGCAAAUUGUGUGUUAUUAUUUAGUUAAAAUUGAGAAUAGAAUUACUAUUUGUAUCAUAAA